GUAAACUCCCGGACUCCCAUAAAAUUGUUGAUUGUCAGUGAAUGUGUCAAAAAAAAGGUUGGAAAAAGUGAAUAAUAAAAGUUGAAUUUUUGCGAUUUUAUCUUGGGAGGGAAUUGAGUGAAUCCCUCGAGAAUCCCAAUCCUUUCGCAUUGGAGUAAUGCUCUGGGCAUUGUGUCCAUGUGAAAGUAUUGAGACAAUAUUUUAGGCGUGUGGAAAUGUUUCUUGUUGUCACAAGUGCUUAAGGGUAUCUUCUGAGAGAGGCUUCCCAAAUGGCUCAACCCAAUCAACCCCUGCCCAAGCCCUUUGUCGAGGAAGUCAAUUAUGAUGAAAUUGACCAUUUGGAGAUCGUCGGAAAGGGCUCUUUCGGGACAGUGUACAAGGCCAAGUGGCGAGAACACUUUGUGGCAGUGAAGUACAUUGAGCAGGAGCACGAGAGGAAUGCCUUUGCCGUGGAAGUGCGACAGCUGUCCCGGGUGGCACAUCCUAACAUUGUAGCCCUCUACGGAGCCUGCACGAAGAAGCCUCAUGUGUGCCUGGUGAUGGAAUAUGCUGAGGGAGGAUCCCUCUAUGCUGUUCUCCAUUGCACUCCCAAGCCAACCUACACGGCUGCUCAUGCCAUGAGCUGGGCUCGCCAAUGUGCUCUGGGAGUGGCCUAUUUGCACGACAUGAGUCCCAAACCAUUGAUUCACCGUGACCUGAAACCACCGAAUUUGCUGCUCGUUCAGGGCGGAACAGUGCUCAAGAUCUGCGAUUUCGGAACAGUGACGGACAAGGCCACACUCAUGACCAACAACAAAGGAAGUGCCGCCUGGAUGGCUCCAGAGGUCUUCGAGAGUUCCACUUACACUGAAAAGUGUGACGUUUUCAGCUGGGGAAUCAUCCUGUGGGAAGUUCUCUCCAGGGAGCAGCCCUUCAAGGAGAUCGAGCACACUUUCACAAUCAUGUGGAGCGUUCACAAGGGUCACCGUCCACCCCUGAUAGAGGGAUGCCCCAAACCUAUUGAGAAUCUUAUGACUUCAUGCUGGAACCCCGACCCCUCCCUCAGACCGUCAAUGUCAAAAGUUGUGGCCACAAUGGAGGGCCUAUGCAAGUUCUUUCCCGGAGGAGAUGUUCCCCUUGAGUACGAAGACAUUGAGGGGUGCAUAGACAACGAUGUGGACAGUUUGGACUUAAACCCAGAAUCUGACUAUGUCGAUUGGGGCUUUGGGACAGAGAGAGAUGCUACAAUUGGCACAAGAAGUUCUAGUCAUGUUGCUGAUCUUAUUGAAGUCUUCAACCACACAAACAUCGCGGCGCAGAAUCACGGGAAAAGUGAGGAAAAGCCCGAAGGUACAACUGCGAAAAAUCUACCACAGAGUGGAACACCUCUGGAACCAAUUUCCGUUCAGGUUGAUCCUAAUGCUUGGGAAUUGGAUCCAACCAGCGAGGAUUUGCAGACACUUCUGGGCAAUUUUGCCAACAGCGAAGGAAAAGAAAGAUUGAGUGUGACUGAGACAAGAAUCCCAGCUGACAAGGAUUCAGAGAAACAAACCACUACAAAUUGUGAUGCUGAGGAAGAUCGUGGUGAUAGCUAUACGUCACUAAAUUUAGAUUCAAUGCAUCUUAUGUUAGAACCCCAUCUGCGUCCUGCGACGCCAGAUCCUGAAAAUGAACUCUCCAUGCAAAUCUUCGAGGAGCAUAAACAACUUGCACAGAACUAUUUAAAGUUGCAGACAGAAAUUGCCUAUGUUACGAAAAACAGGGAUGAAUUACUUGCCGCAAUGAGUCCACAAGAGAGGCAGGCUCGUCAGGAAUAUUGUCAAAGACUGGAAGAGAAGGAAGCUCUGCUGAAACUGCAAGAAAACCUGAGACGACAGCUUGAAUUGCUGGAGAAAGCACCAAAGAACAACAAUAACUUUGGGAAUCCGCCUGAGUACAGUUUCAUCCAGCGAGAUGAACGAGAACAAUUUCUCCUGGAUGAACAGAGGCAGUUCCAGCAUCUCAAGGAGCAGCAACAGAAGCUGCGAAGUCAACAGAAUCAACCAAAUAACAAUCAAAGUCUUCAUGUGCCCACAAGGGUGGCCCCUCCUGUGCCCGAUUGGGUUCUAAUUCCAUCGAAUAACAACUUUGAGAAUGACGGAAAAGAGUCCAUACACUGAAAUCUAUUUUGUAGAAACUCCCCGCGCGACCCCUCCAAACCCCAAGAACCCAACAUGAUGUGAUAUUUUCCUGCUAACAAAUGGAAAUAUUUUAGAAGAUUUCUCACAGAAAUUUUAUUAAGGGAAGCAAUUUUGAAGAAAAAAAUCAUUCUGUGAGAAAUUUUCUCCUUUGACCUUUUGUCCCACAUUUUUUUACUGCAUACAUUAGUUUUUUUUGUAAACUUUUCAACUCUCUUUUUGUAACAUUUUACUAUACCGCAAUCAAUGUGCCAAUAAUUUUAUUCACUAACGAUGAAACGAUAUAAAUAUUUAUCUUUGAAGCAUUGUUCACAUGUUACUAAAUAUUUAAUCGUAUUAAAUAUUUUGAUCCCAUCCUGUGCUUCGAUUGGCUGAUAAAUAAUCAUGAAAUUUCCCGAUAGAUGGCAGUGACAAAGAAACGCCAAUAAAACAAAAGAAGUCACUAAAAACUUCAAAAGAGAAAUAUAAAAAGAUAAAUAAAUGUGAAUAAUGCUAAACUCAUAAAAAAAAAAUUAUAGUAUUUGUCUCGAGAUUUUAUCUUCUUUUUUUUUAAGUCUUCUCAAUGUGGGACAUAAUUUUUCAAAAGAAAAUCACUGUACUUAUAGAAUUGUUUGUUAAAACAUUAAGAGAGAGUCAUAUUUAUUUCACGUUGAAAUAAAGUCCCUUAUAAUUAUUAAUAAAGAAAAUAUUUUAUCAAA